AUGGAUCAAGAUGCCAAUUUGCCGCCACCGGAUUGCCACACCAACCUCGAAACCGAAGGUAAACUUGUGGAAAUCGACUCUCACAAAGUAAUGGAGACCGCUCAAUCUCUGCCGAGUACAAAACCUACAUCUUUGCCAGCGAUCUACUCUUUGGCAACUACGACUACAAACACCAAUGAGGAAGCCUACUUUAUCUCCGAUCAGCUCUCGCUUGCAAUUCAGACGGCGGAGAAGUCCCUAGCUGAAACUCACUUUUCCGACGAGGAAGGAGAAGAUAAGACCCCACGUUUGUCAACACCUUUGGCUGAUCGGACUAUCAACUUGGAGACAAUCAGUGUCCACCCGGCCAACUCUCAGGAGGCUUUAGAAGCUUACCCGAAUCAAAAGCAAAAAAUUUCUCCAGAGCUCUCCUGCACAACAACGGAGAUUGAAAUGAGCAUCAAAUCACCUGGAAUACUUUUUGAGGCCUCUACUGCUAGCAGCAUACCUAGCAAUUUUCAGCAGGCGGCAGGAACUCCCCCGACUAGAAAACGAAAAACAUCUCCAGCUCUCUUCGAAACCUCAACCGAGAUCGAUUGUGGCAUUCCUGAAAUACUUGUCCAGGGAUCUCAGCCGCCUGGAGCUGGGCGAAACCCUGAGUCACUGUCAAAUACUUUUACCCCUACGAGCUUUAUGCCCUUGGUUCAACUAGAAACUUUAGAGAGUGCACACCCUGGUAAUCAAAAGCGAGCCUCUUCUCCUGGGAGCGCAAACUCCGAAAGAAACGUCCGAUCAAGAAUAGACAAUCAUAGUGAUUCAAACUCGGCGGAGGCAGACAAAUCCGAGAGCAAACCCUUACGAGCCUCGGCUGCUCUUCUCACUUAUUCUAAAUUAAUGACCGCUUUGGAAGAGGCUAGACUGUCUGAUUGUCUUACCCGUCCGAUGGAAAUUGACCUGGAAAACCUGAGGUCUCGAUGCCAGAAGACUGGAACUGCAAUUAUACAUCAGGUUCCUCUCCCGCCCGAAGAUAAGGUGGUAAUCAUACUGGACAAUGAGGUCCAGAACCUUGCUACCACAUAUGGAGGAUCUGUUGAAGCUUUUGACGCUUCAGACUGCGAUUCAAACGUGCAAGACAAGCAAUCUGGAGAUCUGCCUGGUACCGCUUCAAUCGAGAAUUCUACAACUUCAAGCCUUGAAUCUGGAAACCGAAACGUUCUUGUGACAACAAACGAAAGUUCUUGUGAAUCACAGAUUGACAUAUUGGACGAAGGAACCUCCGUUAACGUCGACUCUAGCCACAUCAAGAUACCUCAAAACCCUCGCGUCUCCUUCCCAGAAACAGAAGAAGCUAGUUUCCCGCCAAGUUCGAAUAAUUCAAAUCCAGCGGGUGAAAAUACGAAUUCGAUUGCAUCUCCUUUGCAGUCUACUCUCCCUGAAGCCUCAGACACUCCUGAAACCCACCUUCAGCAAUCACCUCCUGUUCAUACAACGUCCAAGGGCCCUGAAAAACAAAUUCCACCGCCGACUUCAGCUCAGGAAUCCUCCGCUAUCUCACAAGAAAAAGGCGGCAGUGCUGAAAGUACAGCGCCUCUUAUAAAUGUCAAGGCUCAAGUAGUUCCAACACGCGAAUUGAGGACAAGAAUCAAAACCAAAGUGCCUAUCGAGAAUUCAAAUUCUACAAGCAGUAGCGGUCCCUCAACCACUCCAACUUCCGUAACCUCCAGGAAAAAGACGUCAAGCUUGGUCAGCUCGAAAAAGAAAGUUGGCCCUGGCAAAUGCCCUCUGAAUGAAGCUGAAACACUGGAUGAAGUUGAAACAACAAACAAAAGCGAAGGAAACAAAAGCGGGAACAAUUCUGGGGGAUCUUCUGCGAUGGAACAAGAACUCAAGGAACUUUUAUCGCCGUACAAUACUAAUCAAACAACAAAGAAAGGAAAGCUAACCGCGUGGAAGGCACUCAAUUCCUUAUUGGAAAGAAGAAGAUUGGGCGAACCUUUAGAUCAAGUUUUUUUGGACUGUAUUGAUGGAGGUGUAAACAAUGUGGUUAUAAGGACAAAACUCAACGCCCAAAGCUGGUUUGAAGCAAUUGAUCAUACUAUGCCAGAGCUGUUCAACUCCCACAAAGGAGAGCCUGCUCAUGCCCUGGGCUUCUUCAACACUUUGCUAGCAAAGACCGGAUUGCUCGCUGAUAAAGUCCCUCCCGAAGCUCCCCCUUUUUGGCAUCACACUUGGAGAUGCAUGAGGAUGUCUCUUCGGCCCUCCGCCACACGAGUUUCAUCGUUCCUCAAGGUUCUAUUAGACUCCGUCCUACUCACUGGAAAAACGUUUCUCAAAGAACCUGAAAUCCCCGAAAGUGAGAAGAAGAAGACGGGCGUGGAUGCGGUUUGUCAGGCAAUUCAAUGGUUGAAUUCCCAAAAAAGCUCAAAAGCAAAUCAUUCCAAAACUGUUCGUCUGCUGGAUACUAGCAACCUCGACUCCGUCAUUGACAUCGGUCUCAUACAACAAUGGCAAGAACUUUUCUUCAAAGUUCUCGACUCCUAUCUUGUUCAAUACUUUGAAGCAAAUUACAUCCUGAACGAAGAGGCGAGCUCGGAGGAUAAGGCUGUCGCGCUCAGUUUCAAGAAAGACUGGAGAGGAGACUCUCUCAAAUCGCCGACCUUAGGUUACCUGACAAUGUUUGCUUGUUGUGGGAUUCGAGGGCUCAUAUGUUGCUCCAACGACGUAAACCUCACUCCCGCAGGUCAGAUGCUGAGCUUUGCCGUUCUUUCUGAAUGGCUCAGUAAACAAAGGCCAGAUUUCGAAGUAAAGGAACCAAUUUUCAAAAGGAGCAAUCAAAUGUUGAUGAAACUGAUUGAUGGGCUCUUCGACAAGGAGGGUCAUUUUGUGAGACCGGAGGUUACUUGGUAUGAUGUCGCCAAGAAUCUUUGCUUUGAUUAUCUCUCUUACUGGUUUACAGAAGCGGGGGAAAUUGCAGCUGGAGGGAACUUAGUCUUUCCUAAGUCUAGCGCUUUCGUUGGCAAGGAUCAGACUAUCAAAUUUUCAGAAGUGCCUUAA